GUUGUGAUGUACGAGGAACCGAGCUUGUAGCCCGCUGUAAUACGAUUAUCAGUGCAAGGAAAAAUGGGAACGAAUAAAACUAACAUAUGAAAGAUUCGAGUCUGAUAAUGGAGUUACUUAUUGCUAUACUGAUCACAGCCUUUCAAAAUCUGGAAGCUGUGCUCGGCGAUGAUACGUGUCCAGUUGUCAGAUACACUGGCAAAUUCAAUGAGAGUGAUCACGUGAAAGACCACGCCCUGACUGGACGAUCCUACAAAAACCUGACCACCAAUACCGUACAGGAGUGCUUCAGUGUCUGUAUAAAUGACUGUCGAUGCGUGUCUUAUCAACUAUCUGGUAGACGAUGUGAGCUGAUUGACGAGGACAGACACACAGCUCCUGACCUUUUUAAACGAUUGUCUGGAUACAAGUACUACGAACUGAAGCAACAGUUUAAAAAGUCCAACAGUGUUGGUUGUUCAAGUCAGUGUAAUAAUGGCUGUUGUCGUUAUUCUAAACCUUGCCUUAACGGUGGAACCUGCAUCGAGACGUGCCAAAACGUCACACACAAGUUUCUGUGCAAAUGUCCACAGGGUUUUGGUGGAAGAGUUUGCCAGACUCCUCCUUCAUGUGCAGCGUACAGCCACAUGUCUGUGCCAAACAUCUAUCCAAUCCAAACAACCAAUGGUAAAGUUUUGAAGGUGUACUGUGAUAUGACGUCAGAGCCGGGGAUGGUGUGGACUUUGAUCGAGUCGUUUGUGUCUUUAUCGGGGAAGCCGCAAGACCGCAAGGCCUUAUAUAAGGAUUUUCCCUCCAACGAAGGAAAUUUCACCUGGUCUGACUAUCGAUUGUCACAUAAUGCUAUGCAACACGUCAAACGUGACGCUACUCAUUGGAGAGCCACUUGUAAAUAUGACACUGAUGGGCUGAACAAAACAGACUACAUUCGGGGACGUUUGAGUGAAAUGGAUAUUCUGACGUUCGCGGGUGAAUUUGUAUGUGCUAGAGUUGAGUACAUCAACGUGCGUGGAAUCAGCUGUGAGAACUGCACUGCUGUUCUUAAGCAAUUGGCAAAUCGUCAUAUUUUUGUCGAUAGUGCUAAAGGGUUUUAUAUAGGCUGUGAUUGGGAUGGAAGGGAAGGAGCAAUAAGGAAAACAGCUCAGAAUUAUUGCAACAAUUUUGGAUUUUAUGACACCCAAUAUAACCCUGCACAUCGCUGUACAGCCUCGCAGUCUUCUACCACACAAUGGUGGCUCGGGACAAAGAAUUGACCUGGACAAUAAAAGGUGCACGAAAAACUGACACCCAAUAUAACCCUGCACAUCGUUGUACAUCCUCGCAGUCUUCUACCACACAAUGGUGGCUCUGGACAGAGAAUUGACCUGGACAAUAAAAGGUGCAUGAAAAACUGACACCCAAUAUAACCCUGCACAUCGCUGUACAUCCUCGCAGUCUUAAACCUAGCUGUCACAAAUAAUAAUAAUAAUAAUUUAUGAUUUAUAUAGCGCGUUUCCUAUAUGUGGCGCUUACAAUCACGAGAGGUGGUUAGUAUUAGGUGUAGGCACUGAAGGCGGUCACUGCCAGG